AUGAGACAAGCUUUGUGCACUGUAGUUGGCAUUUAUUCUUGCUCAUUGUUCGUUGUUCAAGCUGAGCGAGUUCAGUGCGGUGGCACGGUAUCAUCAGAAACAAGAAGGCACGUGGAUGCAUACGUAUGUCCGACAAAAUUACAUCGUGAAAUAGAGAAUAGAUGUUGCAAUCCGCCUAAAUUUAAUUGCUGCCGUGAACCAACAUUUUUUGAGAAUCACUUAACAGCGACAUUAUCCACUUUGUUGAUUGUCACUUUCGCCUUACUAACAACUGUCAUCGUAAUUUGCCUCUGUUGGGAGAAAUGCUUGCUGCACAAAAUUAUCCGAAAGAAACCAAAGCUUGAUUACAUCGCUCGACCAGAAGAAACGGAACAUCUUAAUGGUUUGAGUUUGCCAAAUGAGUACUGCAGUGAAGGGCAUGCCUAUGAAGUGAAUACAGAUAUCAUCUAUCGACCUAACAAAGAUUCCCUAUGA